AUGGUGCUCUUACGUCGCUUAUUAGAUAUUGAAGACAGUGAAAGUAUGGACAAGAAGGCCUUAUCAAAUGGAGAUGUCUAUACUGGUAGUUUUAAGGGAACAUUUCCCCAAGGCAAGGGUAAAUAUAUAUGGUGUGACGGAACAGUCUAUGAGGGUGACUGGGAAGAAGGUAAAAUGACUGGGAAAGGACGGAUACUUUGGUCAUCAGGAGCAAUAUAUGAAGGUGAUUUCUCUGGCGGUUACCUUCAUGGAAUCGGCACCUUUACAGGACUUGAUGGGUCUGAAUACCGAGGGGCCUGGAGAAUGAACAUACGGCAUGGGGUUGGAAGGAAAAAGUAUUGUAAUUUAGAUGUUUAUGAAGGUUCUUGGAAGGAGGGGAUACAUGAAGGCUGUGGUAGGUACUCUUGGAAUAGUGGAAAUACAUAUAUUGGGAAUUGGAAAGGUGGACAAAUGUGUGGCAGAGGAGUUAUGAAAUGGGAAAAUGGUGAUGUUUUUGAUGGCUUUUGGUUAAAUGGUUCUAGAAAUGGAUCUGGAGUUUAUAGAUUUGCAGAUGGGGGAUACUACUUUGGAACAUGGAGUACGGGCUAUAAGGAUGGAAAAGGAACUUUCUACCCAGCUGGAACUAAACAUCCAUCUCUAAGGAGAUGGUGCAGCUCCUUAGGCUGUGAUGAAAGUGGAAUAAAUAUGUUGUCUCAAAGUUUGUCUUUAAAUUCAGAGGAAGUCAGGGUUCCAAAACCAAAUGUCAUGCGCAGUCUAUCUGAGAAAAUGUCAAUCGGUGGAAUCUUAAAGGAUUCUGGCCAAUUCUCACAAAGAACUGCCUCACUAUAUAAAAGCUCGAGUCUUAGUAAUCCUGCCAGAGAAAUUUUAUGUCGCGAACCAUCGUGUUUGUUGUCUGAAACCUCUGAUGAAGGUCAAAUUGGGGUGCAGGAUAACUGUACUGUAGUUUAUGAAAGGGAAUACUUGCAAGGAGUUUUGAAAAAUGAGAAAGUUAAAAAUGCAGAACCAUCAUGCAAAACUAAACAGAGAAACAAAUUUCAUGUGAAGGAAGCAAAAAGGAAGUCAUAUGUGGAUAUACUCAGAAGCAAUCGGAGCUAUUACCUGAUGCUUAAUUUACAACUUGGUAUAAGGUACACUGUUGGCAAGAUUACACCAGUGCCCAUGCGCGAAGUUCGAGAUUCUGAUUUUGGAGAUCGAGCUAGAAUAAGGAUGUAUUUCCCCAGAAAGGGUUCCCAGUUUACACCUCCACACUAUUCUAUUGAUUUCUAUUGGAAAGACUACUGCCCUAUGGUCUUCAGACAUACUAUGUUAAUGGCUUUAGGUUAUACUAUGGAAGCUAUCAAAAGAAAAAUAAAAGGUUAUACUAUGGAGGUGGCUUUCUGCAGCUCCUCCUCAUCUAGAAUUCUUACCACUGCUAGCCCAAGUUCGAAACCUAGGAAUUUAAGGGAGAUGUUCAAGCUAGAUGCAGCUGAGUACAUGAUGUCCAUUUGCGGUGAUGAUGGUCUAAGGGAGCUUUCUUCCCCUGGAAAAAGCGGCAGUAUCUUCUAUCUUUCACAUGAUGAUAGAUUUGUGAUUAAGACGUUAAAAAAGUUCGAACUCAAGUUGUCUAAAAUCCAUGAAAGCAUGCCAUUUCAUGAUGUGGCCUUAGGUGUCUUAUUUGCUAUUGUUUUAGUAGGAUUGAAAUAUCUGAAUGCUUCUGUUUCUAGCCUUUUCGAAACCCACCUAGGAAAUGGAGAUGAUGAAGAGAAUGCUAUCACCAUCCUAGUUAAAAUCCAUUUGUCAAAGAAAUGCAACUGCAUGGAGUUGCUCAGAGUUAUCAAGAGCCUGAAGAGAGUGCGUCUUCUCUGUGACAGCAUAAGGUUAAUUGGCCUUUUGGAUCAAAGAGUUUCAAGGCUGACUUGUGGAGACUGGAUAAUUCAUAUGGCUUUGAUCCGAUUAGAUACCCUUCUGAAGAUGCUUCAUAAAUAUUACAUUCAUGUAGGGAAGCAUGAAAAUACUCUCAUCACAAAAUUUUUUGGGGUCCACCGAAUAACAUUGAGAGGUGGGAGAAAGGUACGCUUUGUAGUCAUGGGAAAUAUGUUUUGCACAGAAUUAAGAAUUCAUGGUCGCUAUGACCUGAAGGGUUCAACUGUAGGGAGACGUACAGAUAAAGAUAAGGUUGGAGAAAAUACCACGUUAAAAGAUCUUGAUCUAGCAUGCGAGUUUCGAAUGGACAAGUUGUUACGAGAAUCUCUUUUCAAGCAGCUCUCUUUGGACUGCAAGUUUUUAGAAUCUCAACAGAUAAUUGAUUAUAGCCUUCUCUUGGGAUUACAUUUUAGAGCACCUGAGCAGUUGAGAGCCAUCUUAGACCCACCUGCUACAAUGCUGAAUGAUGCUGGUUUACCUGCAGACGUGAGUAUGAAAUCUCCUUUGCUAGAUGUAUUUGUGAAUUAUGAUAGCUUUAACUGCUAUGGUUUCACCAUAAUGUACUGGAAGACUUGGAAAAGGUUUAUGCAAGACGGUUUAGGGUGGUCUUGGGUCUGGCCAUUUUGCAGUUUGUGGAAAGUAUUGGGAGACUCAGAAAAAGUUGUGCAAGACUGUAUAAACUCACAAGGGCAGUUCUCGAUUCCUCCAAAAGGCCUUAUCUUAGUGACCCAUGAACCUAACUCUGUGAGCACUGCACCGGGCCCUCACAUCAGAGGAAAUCCAUUGAAAGCAUAUUCUCUUGGUGAGAAGGAGGUUGAUCUCUUGCUGCCUGGCACUGGAAGGUUGCGAGUGCAGCUAGGAGUGAACAUGCCAGCUCAGGCUAGCCACAAGCUUAUGCAGGACAAGGUUGAUUCAACGGAGAUUGAACUUUUCGAGGUUUAUGAUGUUGUUCUCUACAUGGGCAUAAUUGAUGUACUACAGGAAUACAAUUUGAAAAAGAAAGUUGAGCAUGCUUGCAAAUCAUUAAAAUAUGACCCUAUGUCGAUUUCUGCUGUUGAGCCCAAAUUGUAUGCAAAACGUUUCCUCAAUUUCUUGCACAAAGUUUUCCCUGACCAACCAUGA